UCCGAACAAAGAGCAGCACACUUUUCCUCAGAGGUGGACAAAUAAGUUCAGGUGUGUCCAGGAUUAACCAUUAAACAUAGACUUUAUCCACUGAAGUUUCUGCUGACCUCCUAGAAACACAGAAAACUGAGAGUUUCGCCUGCUUUGGUUUGUUUCACCUGGAAACAUGUUGGAAAAGAUCUUCUUCUUCCUCUGCUUUCCAUCUGUUUUGGCUGAAAUGCUCUGUCAACCAGAUGCUCCAGAGGGCUUCAAUGUUCGACUCAGCAUCAAAACUGCUCUGGGAGAGGAAGCUUAUGAGUGGAAUAGAAAUGAAAAGUUCUUCUUCCAAGCUGCCAUUGCUUAUGCCAUGAGCAUUCACCUGAAACAAGAAUUUAGCGUGUCAGAUGUCCUCGUGUGUAAUGAGACUCCCAGAGUGUCCUUUUGGUUUGUGGUUACGUCACCUGCCAACCCGCUGCUCCUUAUAGACAAAGCAAAUGUGGAGAUGGCUGUCAGAAAGUCCAGGAACCGUAUCAACAGCGCCCUCCUGCUCUCUGAUACAACUAUGGAGUUUGUCGGCGCACUGCCCACCCUGGCAGCCCCCUUCAUACCUGCAACCCCUCCGUGGCUCAUCGUGUUUGGGGUGGUAAUAGGUCUGAUUGCUGCCGGCAUCGUCUUUCUGCUUGUCUCCACGGUGGUGCAAAAGAAACGCAAGAAGAACCAGAAGACAGAUGAGGAGGACGAUGAUGAAGAGGAACGGGUGAAAACAGUGGAAAACCGAAACAGAAGUGAUGGUGUUUAUAACGCUUCAUUCUCAGAUGAUGAACCAAACACACAAAUGUAAAAAAAAUCUACAAGAUGAGUCCUUCAUGUAAGGAAAAAUAAUGUUAAGCUGCAGCCUUUUAAAACCCGUUGGACACAGUAAUGUUUUAGGAAUGUGAAAAAUCAUGGUACAACCAUGAUACUGAUACUGCAGAACUGAUUAUGCUUCUAUUUUUAUUCUUGGAUGUUAUCAGCAAAGCACUUACUUUCAUUACUGCCAACCCCAGCACAUAAACCCUUGUAUAAUUUGAUACCUGUUCUUUAUCAAAACAUGUCUUCUUAUGGGCGAUGAUACCUGGAUUUAUAUGAAAGAUUUCUCUGUGACACGGUGUCUGUAGUUGCAUUAUAAAAGAAUACCCUUCAUAGCAAAACAAUUAACAAUAAUAAUUUAAGACAGGAAAUUAAAGAGCUUAAACAAGCCUUGGUUUUCAGGUUACUGUCAUGUUACAAAAACUUUGUGAUUUAAUUAAAUUUUAAUUCAGAUUUUAUGUGACAAAACAACAAAAGCUCAGUCAGAUUCAAUGGAGAACAUCCGCAAAUUUCACUUUUCAACUUUUGCAGACUAGGCCAUUGUAAUACAUGAAUGGUCUCGUCUAAACCAUUCUGUUGUAGCUUCGGCUGUAUGUUCCGUAGCUUUAUUUAUUUUCCCAUCAAUGUUGACAAGCAUCCCCCAUAGCCUGAUGCUGAAGAUCACAAAUAAAUACACUGUUUGUGGUUGUCAUGUUACAACACGUGAAAAAGUUGAAGGGGUAUGAAUACUGUUGUUAGGCACUGUGUAAACCAGAAAGAGUCUAAGUGAGUUCAGUGAAAAAAAUUGUAUACAUCUUCCGCUACAAUGCCCCCUGCUGUUCAUUUGUGAGAGCGCAUUAUAAACAGAGAAACCCACCUGACUUAAAAACAUGUAAAAAUUGAACAUAACUCAGUUUCUAUUACUAUUAUUAUUACAACUAAGCUAUAACAAUUAUUCCGUGACCCUGUGAAAAAUUAACAAAAUGAGAAACAACAACAAAUGUGAAAUGGAAACAGAAUGACAUCAGAAGAUGUCGGAUCAUUGCAUAAACAUCAUUGCACCCUAGCUUCUUUUCCCAAGUCAAGAAUCACAUCCUGGACGUUCAGCAGUUUUAUGCCAAAAGGGAUUACUCUUUGGCUCAUUUUGAGGACUGUGACGACUAACCUUGACUAGAUGUUCAUCCAAAUUAAAUUCUGAGUCAAGAACUGUUUGAGAGCCUGGUUCAGAGAAUAACUGGGGAGGCAACAUGAGAGUGUCCUAAUACAGUGGCAUAUAACUCCGGAAAUCAAAUUAUUCAUAGAUGCCAGCAAUCUGUUACUCCAAAAACUCCAUCUGCAGCUUUGUUUAACAGUGUGUAGCUUUGUCAAGCUCUACCAGAAGGAAUAAUAUGACAUUAGAAAUGCCCAACCUGAGGCACGGAUUCAACCUGGGUUGUGUGGAUGACUUCCUAAUGUUUGAAGAGCAACUGAUGUUGUUUCUACUGGGAUUCAAAAGAUGUAAAAUAAUAUCCAGAUUUUUCCAAAUCCCAAUUUAAAGUAGAUAUGGUUUGUAACCCAAGUAAAAACUAGUCAUAAAUUGUUCUAUUUGUUUUACAGUUUUUUAAUUAAUAAUAAUUUUUUAAUCCAGAUAAAAUGUACUCUUUUAUAACCUGCGUCCAACCGCACAUGCCUCUGUUGACAUCACUAAGGGCAUAAGGCAACUGAACAGAUCUCUUUAUAGCACAUUCAUUUGUAUUUUCUUGUAUAAUCUAAUUCAUCCUUUAGAUGUGUUCUGUAUGUCUACAUUAAAUUAUCUGAACCGUA